CCAGCUUCUGGUACUUGUGCGAAUUGUCAACGAGGAUCCCUGUUUCUCAUUCUUUUGCCUGGGAUUCUGUAAAUAUAUUUCGAGGAACUUUUCUCUUCACUGGCCGUCACGUCGGUCCUCUGUCGCUCAUGCAGAUUCUCAGGUCGCUCUUCUCCUACCCUUGUGAAGACUCAGCACUCAGUCUGGGUUGCUUUUCGACUCUGUAUUUAUCUGGCUCACGAAUGACACGUUCGCGACCUUAAAGUGGGUCGGCCCCACUGCUGACGUCAAUGCUGAUCCACAUAAAAGGACGUCAACUACUGUCCUUGAGCUUGAACACCGACCAUCAUGUACUCAGUCAUUUUGUCCGUGCUCAAGAAAGGUGCAAGAGCACCAACCCGCGCGCUCUUGGGAGCAACACGAAACUCUAGUUCAGUGCAUAGCAACGAUCCAGUGAUUAUCGAAAGAGAGAAACAGAAGAGCCUGGCAAAAAGCAGAUACCAGACGUCCGCUCCUAUCGACAACGCGGAAGGAUGGAACGAGUUCCUCGCGACUCAUUCUGAAUUGGCGGUCAAGGCGGACCGUCAUACUGUGUCUUCCACGGCAGACCUUCAGGAGAAAACCGUGUUGCAUAUCUGUAGCGCCCGUCAAGAAGAUGGAGACUUUUCAGCUCAGGAUGCAAAGGCGGCACUUGGAGAGAAUGGCCGUUCUAUUGAUCGUGCGGGGAAGUAAAUAUGAAUUUGAAAGCACCAUAAAGCAUUAGACGUUUUGUACUUGUAAUCUGGGCCGCACAGGCCUUGCAAAUGACAAGAAGUU